CCCACUGAGGUAACAGUGAUACUGCUCGUCAGUGGGAGAACUUUGAGCAUAGACUACUACACUGGCAACCAACUCUGUGGAGGACGUAAGACUAUCUGGAGGCGAGGCUUCUCAGACUCGGGAAAUGAAAAUAACACUGUUUUUCAUCACAGUGUUUGCCAUUGUUGUGGCCUCGGUGGUCUUAAUUGGUGAACAGAACACGUUACUGUCGCCUUUCUGUCGUGCAAUGGAGGGAGGAGUCACAUGCCAAGUUAGACAAGCAGAGGUCCAGGUCAGCAGACAAGAACUGGAAAGCCCUGGCUCAUCCCAGGGUGGAUCGGCAACGUCCAACAUCAGCGAGGAGAAGCUCCGAGGAAGAUCCUCUCCCCAGGUGGGCAAAAACGAGGCUCGGGGAAGACCAAUCCCGUCUGGGAUCAGCGGAGAGGAGCCCCAGGAAAGACCAACCACGCCUCUGGCCAGCUGGAUGAGGGUAGGGGAGGAUAUGCGAGAGAGAGCAGCUCACAUGAGGCGAGUGUGUGAGGUGCCCUCCGUGAGGCGGAGUGUUCCCAGCAUGCCAUGGACCCGCAAGCUCUACACACUACCAGGACCUUUUCCUGUGUGCGUCGCGCCCAAGGUGGGGUCGACAACGUGGAGACGCUUCAUGCUUCAAUUCAGACAGCGUAGGCCUAAGCUGAGACGAGACCUGAGAACUCUGGUGGUUCGACACCCGCUGGCCCGCCUGGCCUCCGCCUACAGAGACAAGUUCCUAAAUGGUUUACCGUUAAAAGCAUACAACAAAACGUUCAGAACUAUGACUGGAAGCGGUCAGACCUGGCAAUAUAGGUGGGAGUUGUACUGGCUUCCUUCUCUUGUGCGCAAAGGACUUGUCAAACCCCCAUCUGAAUUUUUCACAACAAUAAGAGAAAUCUCUCGAGCCUUCGAUUAUUUGGCAACAAAUUUCGUCGACACAUCUGGUCAGCUUCACCGGAGCAAAGCCUCAAACACAUCUUACUCUCAGCAAGCCUUGAAAACCGCCAUGAAUAUGCUUUCUCGCAGCAAGCAAGAAGGAAUGGUCGCCGCUGUUGCUGCCGGGUUUUCAAAGACGGAGCAAGCGAAGCUCAAGAGAAAGUUCGGCAACGUUUCCUUCACCAUGACAGAGUUCCUAGAGCACGUGCUGUGGACAAGAAACUUGGGAAUGGUUGACCAACACUGGACCCCCAUCAGCGAGCUGUGCGACCCAUGUCGAAUCAACUAUACCUACGUCUUGCGUCUGGAGAACAACCCAGUCGAGUCUAAUUACUUGCUGAGCCGCUUCCACGUCCUGAGGAAGAGCCUUCGCACGAGACACAAGUCCAUAGGGGUAUUUCCAGACCAAUCUAGGUCUGACCUUAGCUACUAUGAAAAUGUUCCCAAGGACCUUAUGACCAAAAUUCAGAACAUGUAUAAGUUGGACUUUGAACUCUUUGGAUAUGAUAAAAACCUAAUCUAAAAUUAAUAAGGCGAUCAACAUUUAUUGUUAAUUUAGCAGUAUACGUACCAGGGGCCGGAUUCAGGAAGGUACUUACGAAGGUUUUUCCUCUUAGCUAAGAGCGAAUUCCUUCUUAGCGCCUUCGUGGCGGCUAGGUCCGUA